AUGGCUCACUUUCCUUUCAACCUGAGAUACUCUGCUGUAGUCUUGAUGGUAUCAGCGCUCUUGAUUGCUCUCGCUUUUGCUGUCGGCCAUGACGCUUUAUAUCACAGCGUGGACAGGAAGUCUGUCCUACACGUUGAGAUAUUGUUCAACUGGAACUCCCUUCAGCUAUCCAACCAACAAGUAUACGUUGCACUCGGUGCCUUGUUUGCUUUCAUAGUCAGAAGCUUCCUUGGCGUCAGUGUUUCGACGGCCUUUGAGCAAUUUGCCUGGAAAUCUAUUCACAGCCAAACCACCAAGAUUGGCAUCAUUGACGAUCUGUUCUCCGUUCUGAGGAAUGGCCUGACAGUCCUGGAUCCGCGACUAUGGAGGCGAUAUCCACUCAGCAUGACCCUUGCGGCGAUGUGCUGGCUUCUCCCAGUGUCAUCCAUCCUCACCCCAGCUACAUUGAGCGUGAAGCUAGCGCCCUUUGAUGACAAAGUUUUGCAAAGAGUUCCACGAGUCGACUUUGCAAAUUCCAACUUUGUCAACUUGAUUCAAAGCUACGAGAGGAGCAACGGGUCUGGUGAAUGGAUGAAAGUGUACUCUGGCCCCACGCCAGACGUUCAAAGAAUUGUCAACGGUGCAGCAAAUCAGGGCAGAGUCCUGCCCAUCGAGCCUGCAGCUGCAAACUCAUCCUGGUCACAGGAGUUCCAUGGCCCGGCACUGGUAUGCAGUGAAGUCAACCAGACACUCCGGGCCAUCAUCACUCGGAACAUAGUAACUGCAAUAAAUACAACCCAAACCACCGAGAUAAACAACGGCUCUCAGGCGAAAUCAUACACAGGAUAUCUAUAUCUCUCCUGGGCACCGGCAGGCGAGGAUCCCGUCAAUGUUGUUCCCUUCUGGCAGCCCGAGAAGAACGGGACCUACACCUUACAAGCGCGACAGAUAGGACCUGACCCCUAUGCCACUGGGGGGUCUGAAGAUACAUGGCUCUCAACUGACUCUGAGCCGAUUCAGAAUAGAUCACCACUUUCAAUCUUCGUGAGCAGCUUCCCAAGAAUGGCCGAGUACGUUGAUCUCAGCAACGUAGAUGCCGGUUUGCAGAAUUCGACUAUCAUACAAUGCUUCCUUCACAAUGCAUCAUAUCAAGCAGGCUUCAAUUAUGUCAAUGGGAACCAGACAAUUCGUAUAAUCGAUGAAAAAGUCCAGAAUGGAAUCUCGCUUCUGGGCGGGAUCGAGGGUUCGAUACAUCGGAACGAGACUGCGUUCAUACGAAAUCCUCAGAUCAUGGAAUCCAUGGCUUUUCAGUCCGUGAUGGAUGCAUUCUGCAGUCUCCUGUAUGGAUACAUCGGCACGAAUAUCGUCAACCUUCGUGGUAGUGGCUAUGCCGCGAAUGGGUCUACCCCGUUGAGGGCGCACACCGACGUGACUUCAACGAUAUUGAUGGAGACAGAGGAACUGCAUCAGCUGAAACUCAGUUUGAUCUCCGGAGGCAAUGAUGAGUAUAUCGAGUAUUGGCGUGGAAGGUCCACAAUGACUAUUUCCACGUACCGCAAUAUGUACAACUACAGUCGGUCGACUCUCUGGGUCACCUACGGCGUAGCACUAGGUGUCACUUUAUUGAGUGCCAUUGCAGGCAUCUUGGCAUGGAUGUCAAGCCAAGGCUCAUACAGCAACAAGUUUUCAACAAUAUUGAGGAUCACUCAAGGGGCCACGAUAUCCACAGAGCUCAAACCGGAAGAUUAUAGUGGCUUUGAUCCACUGCCAGAUUAUAUCGCAAAUGCGCAGCUGAGACCCGGCUGCGCCUCAAAAGAGAAUGUUAGCGAGACAGCACCUGGCGACAGCCGAUCUCCCAGCCGGGUUCUGGGGAGAAUGGACGAGACGCAUCAGAAUGGGGAUCAUCAGAGAUCAUAUACCUUAUGA